AUGACGGUGGGAGACAAGCCGUGCGGCGUCCCGCACGCCCUGCCGACGUACCCCCUUCCCUCCCCGGCACCGCCUCCCGAGCACCACCCUCGCACCCCCGGCGCCCCAGCGUCGACCCUUCCCCCUCCCACGCGGGAAUGGCACCCCGGCCGCCUCCCUCCGCGUCGCCGGGCCCCACCCCUGCCCGUUUUCUCCCGCGGCGCCUCUCAUGAUUCAAUUUCACCCAGCCAACUGGCAAAUCCCCUUUGCCAGCACGCACCCCUGCGCGGGCCCUGGACGCCAGCCCCAACGCUCACCCGCAACCGCGGGGCGCCGGGCACCUGCCUGGCCCCCGCCGUGAGCGCCGGCCGGCCAGCCGCCCUUGCCCUACAGGUCCUCCGGACCCACGUCGCCUGCCAUCGUGCGUGCAAACGCUCCGGUGUCCGAAAGUGA